AUCGUCUCUUCUUCGGGUCUUGAUAGUUCUUAUGCCUCGCAGACCGCUUUUGGCCGCCGCUGUGCUCGUGCCAUUUUGAGAGGACCUGACUUCCGCGACAAUCCUGGUUGAAAUGCUGUGGUGGUGGCGGCCGCGCGGCGCCGCUGGUGUCUUGACGGUGGUGUGGGGCGUCUUGCUGGCGUCAUGGGCGCAAGCUGAAGAGACUGUCGAUACCCUGACUGGCCUUAAUGUUGAGGCUCUUGACAACCUGCCCAGUGGUGUACAGGAUGCACUGGCUUACAUUGAGAACUGGAGCAUGGAGACGUCCGGCGAAGGUGGUGCUGGCGACCACAUGGAAAGACGGACCUCAAUGUCCGAGCACGUCAAUAGCGCCGCGGAAAGUCAGAAUGCUCUAGAGGACACGUAUGUUGAGGACCACCAUCACGGCCGCCCACAGCACAGCAGCGACAAGGAACAAAACCAUGGCCGCCCUCAUCACGGCAGUUCUAAAGACCACCACCAUGGCCGCCCACAGCACAGCAGCGACAAGGAACAAAACUAUGGCCGCCCACAGCACAGCAGCGACAAGGAACAAAACUAUGGCCGCCCACAGCACAGCAGCGACAAGGAACAAAGCCAUGGCCGCCCACAUCACGGCAGUUCUAAAGACGACCACCACGGCCGCCCACAACACAGCAGCGACCAGGAACAAAAACAUGGGCGCCCACAUCACGGCAGUUCUAAAGGCGACCACCACGGCCGCCCACAACACAGCAGCGACCAGGAACAAAAACAUGGCCGCCCACAUCACGGCAGUUCUAAAGACGACCACCAUGGCCGCCCACAGCAUACCAGCGACAAGGAACAGCAUCCACCCCUGGGGCACGGUCUUGACCAACAAGAAGAGUCCGCAGGUCAUGAUGGGGACCUGAUUCACAUCGACAACUUGGCCCUUCUUGGCGAGAUAGCGCAGGAACACUUGAUGGCUGGUGAAGACCCUCAGGACGACGAAGGUGAUCACUCUGAUGCUUACGUUCCUAGUAUGUCUAUGGGAGGAAAAGAGUCGCCCAUGCCUGGCUACGAAACUGAGGAACCCAUGCCUGCCCACGGAGCCGAGGAAUCCAUGCCCGGCUACGAGACCGAGGAACCCAUGCUUGGCCACGGAGCUGAGCAGCCCAUGCCUGGCUACGGAACUGAGGCCCCAAUACCCGGCUACGAAACUGAGCAGCCCAUGCCCGGCUACGAAACUGAGCAGCCCAUGCCCGGCUACGAAACUGAGCAGCCCAUGCCCGGCUACGAAACUGAGCAGCCCAUGCCCGGCUACGAAACUGAGCAGCCCAUGCCCGGCUACGAAACUGAGCAGCCCAUGCCCGGCUACGAAACUGAGCAGCCCAUGCCCGGCUACGAAACUGAGCAGCCCAUGCCCGGCUACGAAACUGAGCAGCCCAUGCCCGGCUACGAAACUGAGCAGCCCAUGCCCGGCUACGAAACUGAGCAGCCCAUGCCCGGCUACGAAACUGAGCAGCCCAUGCCCGGUUACGAAACUGAGCAGCCCAUGCCCGGUUACGAAACUGAGCAGCCCAUGCCCGGCUACGAAACUGAGCAGCCCAUGCCCGGCUACGAAACUGAGCAGCCCAUGCCCGGCUACGAAACUGAGCAGCCCAUGCCCGGCUACGGAGGUGAAGAGAACAAUAUGCUGGAGACGGCUAAUGCUUAUGAUUAUAUUAAUGUCCUGUAUGAUGAUGAAGUUUCCACUUUUGAUGUCGAUGAAAAGGACAUCCCCACCACCCACCCCGCCGAGGAAUGGGAGGCCGAGGAAAGCACGGGUGAGGGCUUUGAGGAGGAAGCGUUGCCGGCAUUAGAGGAUGAUGGCAUGGAUGUGGACAUGGAUGGGGAACUUUCCAAGCUGAACAUAAGAGCAGGAGACCUUCUUUCUGGCUUGGAUAAAGAAACGCUGGGGGCCGUGCUGGCGACGCGGUUGAAGUGGUUGAAGAAUAAGAUUAGUCAGUUGUACAUUGAUGAACUGAAGCACUUCGACCACACAAGAAAUCGAAUUGACAAACUCCUGAGCAGCGGCCUGGGCGUCCGUCCUCCACCUGCCACUGCCAGGUCGAUGGUGCCCCACACUGCUCAAUAUGGAAAAGAUCCCUACUCUGCGCCCUACGGAAAGGAGCCCUACAAAGCGCCGUACGGAGAAGUUGAAACUGGGGUUCCAAGGCAGGACGGAGAAUCUUGGCAACCUUACAUUUUUGACACUGGUGUUGGAAACAGACAAGAUAUCAAGAUCGAGGGUGUUGACGUGGAGGGCAAACUGCACAGUGUCAACAUUGCCAAAGUCUUGCCCGUCAGCCUUCCGGGGAUUUCGGUGAUCUACGUGGACGAUGAUUGGUUUGGUUAUGUGGAAGUGGAAGGAAGCCUUCAGCGUCUUGGGGUCCUAAACCAGUGGACGAGGAGCCCCUCCGGCUGCCCCUGCAAGGAUGGCAGAAACACACAGGGCUGUGCUUGCUGUGUGUCUGGCGGAUGUCAGUGUCCUGGGCCGUCAGACCUGUGUGUCGCCUGUGGGACAGAAUACAGCAGCUGCAAGGAUGUUGGCCAUCAUGGUGUAAGAGUGUCAGCGGUGGCCACGUCCUCGGUGUCUGCUCAGGAUGGUUCGCUGCUCCGUCUAAAUGUUCUCGCUGUGGCUCAUGGUAGCUCCGUCGCUUUCUUCAGCCACCUGGGUGGUGCUGUCCUGAAGUUGCUGGACAACAUGACCCUGCAGCAGGAGGUCACCCACCUGGCAUUUGGGACAACCUUCACUGACCAUGAUGAGGCCACUGAGGAGAGCACGUUUCUGGUGGUGUUCAGCAGUGGUGUUAUGGAUCACCAGUUCAACGAGAUCAUUGUCAGCUCCAUGGCACCAUCCUUCUCUGUGGGACCCCCAGUGAAGUGGCAGGGGAAGGGGCGUGCAAUGAAGGCCCACCAGGGGGACGGCUGGGUGCUGGUCAGCGUGCACGGCGACAACUAUGUUCACCUCUACACACUCCAGGAGGACAAGUGGAUGAGGCAUCACAUGAUCCGCAAGCAUACCAUCAAGGGGGUCUUCCACAACUGGCUGGUCUUCCGAAUGGAGUUCCAGACCUACAUUGCCUUUGCAGCACAGCGCCAUAUUGCCUUCUACCGCUGGAACAAUGUGGAGGACGAGGUGGAGCAGAUGAACACCAUAUACCUCGGCGAAGCCCUGUCCAACAUCGGGGGUCUUGUGGCAGUCAAUGUGGAGUCUUGCCAGGAGGAUGUGGCAGUAGUGGUGGCAGGACAUGACAGGAAUGUUGCAGUAAUUGCUCUCAAACACAACUUUACUACUUCUGUAAUGACUUUUGUUAUGGAGUUCAGAGGCAGCCUGCAAGUGAGCGUUGACUGGUCCAUUGCUGCCCAUUACUCGCGUGGCACAUCCAAAAUUGUAGUGGUUGAGUCUGGCACAAGGCAGGCCAUUGUGGUCCAUGUGAGGACAACUGUGAUGGAGUUGGAACACCCCAUGUCAGUGGAACGAGAGUCUUUCGACAACACCAUUCAGUACAUAAAGAGAGAAAAUGAGCAGCAGCAGGCGGUGGUGGCGGCUGCAGAGGCGCGGCUGGCCAAGAGUGUGUUGUUCAGCGACACAGUGUCGGCUGAUGUAACCAUCACUGGCAGCCUCACAGUCUUGGGGGAGCUGAGCACAGGACGGAUGUCAGCAGUGAGACUCGUGUUCCCUGGCACGGAUCUGGAGGCUGGAGUGACCCACCUGGAGUACCUGCAGUACAUCUCCUCGGCCCAACCCCGCCAGGAUCUGUCAAAGCAACUUCUACAAGACAUAACCACCAUAGAAAACACACUUGCAUUUGCUGUGCCUGCAUCUGGGCCCAACAGGACCAUAGAGGGCCUCAAAACCAUAGUGACCACAAAUCGGUUGGUUCUCAACACACUUACCACUCAGACCAUAAGUGUGGGUGAACUGAGAGAUGAGAAUGGUGCAGUCUUCUCACUGGACACCAUAAUGUCUUCCAUUGUCAGAGCGGGCCAAACCAAUAGACUCGUACGUGGCCGCAAGACUUUUGCCUCAAGACUGACUGUGCAGCACUUGAACACUGGCUUCCUGGAUGACAUUCCAACGGGCGACCUGGUCACAGCCAGUGGCCAGCACAGUGUUGCCGGAGCAGUGUUUCCCAAUGGACUGUGGGUGCAAGAAAUGACACUGAGGCCAGGUGGCACCCUUGGAGGAGUGGACCUGUCUCAGGCAGUGCUACUGGGAACCACUGCAGUGCUGGGCCGAGUAACAGUUUCCGCACAGGAACUGGUGGCAGGGUCAGUGGAGGUGGCCUCCGGCUUGGUGGGUGGCGUUGAUUUGGCCCGGCUGUACAACCACACGCUCCUGGUAACUGGAGGAGAAGUUGCCGGCUCACUCCACUUCACCACAGACCUGACGGUGGAUGAGCUGGAUGCAGGAUUUAUGAUGGGAGUGGAUAUGAGGCGCCUGGCGGAGGAUGUUGUGUACAGAGACGAGGAUGCAGUGCUGAUGGGGAAGCUGACUAUUGGCCAGACUGUCACUGUGGAAGGGGACAUGACCACUGGAACAAUCAAUGGCCGGAAAUUCCCAGAUGAUUAUGCAGUAAAGAUUGGCACAUCCCCUCUUGUGUUCACCAAAGAAGUCUCCUUUGGACAUGUAACAUUUGGGGAACUCUCCUUCGGCCCGCAGGGUGUUGUGGAUGGCAUAGCUCCUCACCGCCUUGUCACUAAGACAGGAGAUCAAACUGUCCAAGGCAGGAAAGUCUUCUCUGCAGGUGUGGACAUCAAUGGACAUCUGGACAUUUCCACAAAGCUACUGGAUGGUGUGAACCUUGAUGAUUUGUUCUCUAGAGGAGGCAGACCCUCGUCCAUACCUACAGACUGGAGGUUCAAUCUCAUCUGCAGGUCUGAUGUCACAAUACAUCGACUGGUGACCCAGGGGACAGUGAAUGGUGUGGACCUGUCUGCCUUGGCUCAGGAUCUGGUCUACAAGAAUGAGCAGCAAGUGAGGAUAACCGGCAGGAAAGUGUUCCUGAAGGGACUGACUGUCACCAAUGCUAUAUUCAAAGGUGGAUUUAAUGGAGUGGAUCUUGGUUCCCUUGUGACCACAGACACAGAUUUGACUGUAAGUGGAGUUUUCACCUUCACAAGGGAUGUGUCCUUCAGAACUCUGGUGGCAAAUCGUGUGGAUGGAGUACACCUGAGUGCUCUCUUUGCUAAUGCUCUCUACUUAAACAAGGCUGGGCAGGUGAUCACUGGUAGGAAGGUGUUCCUAAGGCCGGUGGUGGUCGGGUCACUGGCCAUCAAGGGAAGCCUCAAGGGCAUUGACUUCAGCAAUUUGGUUACCAAGAGUGGAAACCAGACAUUUACUGCACCGCAAGUGUUCAAUAGUGCAGACUUUGCCUUCCUUAGUACAAACUCCAUCCAGAUGGCCCAAGGACUAAAGAUCAAUGGUGUGGACCUCUCUGAACUUGCACGCAGGAGAGUGCCACUGCGGGAGCCUGUCAGCCACACCGCCACUCUGACCAUUGAAGGCCUGUUGGAAGUGGCUGGCACUGCCUCCAUAGAAAUCCUGAAUGGAGUGAAUUUAGAUGAGCUGUUGAGCACCGUGGUGACGGACGAUGGCGACUACACCAUUGACGGCCCAGUGUCCUUGUCCACCCUGAGAGUCCUUGGAUCAGUCACCACCCAGGGAGGUGUUGGAGGCAGUGGAGUCAGCCUCAGGGAUGUGGCCAGCAAUGCCAUCAGCUUGUCUGCAAACAAUCAAAUCUCUGGUCUCCUGAGCUUCAUGCGUGUGGAGGUGCGUGGAGAGGUUGGGGUGGAUGGCCUGGUGGAGGGGGUGCACCUGGGACGUCUGCACCAAGAUGCCGUCUACGUGGAUGUUCAAAGCCUUCAAACAAUUACAGGAGCAAAAAUGUUUAGUGGUGGGUUUGCUGUGCGUGGAGAUAUUCACGCAAGAACGGUCAACGACUUGGACUUGUCGAAGAGCCUUUUCACCCGCACCACAGACCAGGUCAUCACUGCUCCCUUCGCCUUCCUCCAUGUGGCUGCCCUCAAGAAUGUGUUCCUUCAAGGCAACUUCAACAGCUUUGACUUGAAGGCAUUGGCACAAGACUCCAUCAUGAGAGGAAAAAAUGAAGAAAUUGUAACAGAGGACAUAACGUUCUCUAGCCAAGUCACUGUGAAGAACCUUGUACUGCUUGGAGCCUUGGAUGACCUGGACCUCAAUGCAAUCCUGUCAGACGCUGUGAGGUUGAAAGAUACUGCAAUCACUAUUACUGGCAAGAAAACUUUGAUGACUGGGCUCACAUUUGAAAACUUGCAUGUUGAAUUACUUAACGGACAGAGACUAGACCACUUCUUGGCGUCUGUGGUCACGCGUAACCGGCCCCACACUCUGACUGGAGCAGUGAGGGUCCGCGGGACAAUAAUUGCUCCCUGGGUCACAGCGCAGCAGCUUGUAGUACAGGGCACCAUUGACGGUGUGGACCUCCAAGACUUCAGGCAGAAGGUUGUGUUCCUCACCGGUCACCAGACAGUUGAUGCUUCUGUGGUCUUUGCUGAGUCGCUGUCUGUUCGCAACAAUCUACAGACAGUAUUUUUGAAUGAUGUUAACCUUUCACAAGGAUACCUCACCAUCUCAACUGACCAGACAUUCAAUGUUAACUUUACCAUCUCCUCUGCCCAUGCCACUCAUGUUGAGGUUGGUGGGCUCGUCAACUCUUGGAACCUCCCACAGGAGUGGAACAGAACCCUUCUGGGUCUAGGUGGCCAGAAUAUGCUGGGGUCCAUGACGCUCACCCUCUCUGGCCGCCUCGUGGUGGAUAGGGACGUGGUGGUGACGGGCCGCGUGGGGCGGGAGCGCAUGGUUAAACUGAGUCAGCAGGUUGUGUUGCUUGACCAAAGGACCCAAGUGUCUGGUGUGCUAAGCUUCUCGGUGCCCCUGACGGUGGCCUGGCUCAGGAGCAGCACUGGCAUUGUGAAUGGAGUGGACCUGGAGCAGCUGUACAGGAGCGCGUGGUUUGUGGACACAAACACACAGAUUUCCACCAGUGUGUUCUUCCAUGGAGGUGUGAUAAUGAGAGAGCUCAUCUCUCAAGGCACCAUUGAUGGCCUGGAAAUCCAGCUGGCAUAUGCUGCUGCUAAGGCUGCCCGGGAUGGCUUCAGGAACAUCACUCUGGAGUUUGAGGAUAAGUUUGAGAAAGUUUGUUUGCCCAUUGCAAAACUCUACAACAAGCUUGAGGCGUGUAUGUAUGAGGCAGACUACCUUGUCUUCCACAGCGGCCUUCCACUCACAGCAGUCCCACAUGAAUCCAUCACAUUUUAUGCUUUCGGCACCACAGUCCUCUUGGUGAGCUAUGAGGGCGCCUGUCAUCUUGAUUUCCUGAGUUGGCACAAUGACAGCUUUGUGCUGCGCCAGCGUGUGCAGCACGCAGGCUUUGGCCGCCACUUCCACCUUCUGCAAGAGGAGGAAGGCAAGGUGUUGGUGGCCAUGGCUGCCUCUGCCCAUGACAACACCUGCGAGGCCACAAACACCACCAUCUGGCAGGUGACUACAUCAGGCCUACAGGUGUACCAAAUACUGGGAGAGGGCGUCUACAUUACUGAAGGUGGCUAUGGCGAGAACACACUGCUGCUCCACGGCCCUCAGUACACCCUGGCCUACACCCUGGACGUCCACACCCGCCGAUGGAGCCAUGCAGCCACGCUGCCCGUCCAUGCUGGAGGAGUGUUGGUGCACCCUGAAUAUGGCGUCCUCCACCUCCUGCGUGACUACACCAACACCACCACGUAUGUGCUGCGCGCCGUGUCGGCCACGAGUAGGGGAGGCUCAAAGCUGCUCUUUGCCCUCUACUCCACAAUCACCUCCUGUUGUGGCCCCCUCCACGCCCUCAAGGUGUUCAGGGAGGUGGACGGCAUCCAGCACUGCGUGGCGGAGGCCAAGCUGCCGACCCUUCCUGCAGACCUCACAGUGUUCUUCGCUGGGAGCAAGGCUGCAGGGGCUUACCUGGCCGUGGUCACUUUCCACUUCAACUACUUGCCAAUUAUCUUCACUUUCUCGGGCGAGGUACUGACGCGGUGGGCCGAGGUGGAGGAUGCCCCGUCGGCCACAUGGGUUGAACACGCGCUGGUGAGGCGUCCCGGCAGACACUUCCCAGACUACCAUAUCCUCUUCAGCCCCUUGCUGCGGCUCCCUACCCACCACACCACCACGCCCACCACGCCCCCCACCAUCCCUCCCAUCUCCUACACACCACCCACCGUAGAGACCACUACAAAGAACCCCUACAAUCCCUACACCACUCCUAACCCUUACACUUUACCACCGCACUCCACUCCUGGCCCAUACAAUCCCUACACUAAUCCAACCCAUGGCCCAUACAAUCCCUACACUAAUCCAACCCCAGGCCCAUACAAUCCCUACACUAAUCCAACCCCAGGCCCAUACAAUCCCUACACUAAUCCAACCCCAGGCCCAUAUAAUCCUUAUACUAACCCACAGUCAACCCAGGGCCCCUACAAUCCCUACACUCCGCCCACAGGAUCUCCCCACCCCAACUCUCCCUACACCAGCACCCCAAACCCCCAUGGCUACACUGCCCCCGGUGGUCGUUACGUGCGGUCUGCCUACCCCAUCUCUAGCGAUGAGUCGGAGUAUAGCAUCGGGGCAAUCUUCCGCCUGGUGAUGCGAGGUUCUGCAGUGGCGGCGGCGAACAUUACGUGUUAGGAUUUAACUAUUGUGAUUGUCCCUGAAUAAAAAGUAAAGUGGUUCAAAGCUU